AUGGACACCUCUCACGCUCCCCUUAUAAAUGCAGUCCGGGAUGUGCAUGCAGUAGUUGUCCUCGCCCGUAAUGGCGACCGCGAAGAAUACUACCAGGAUCCCGUCACCUAUCAGCCGGGCCCGACGCUGAGCACGCCCCUGGGUGAAGUCCAAGCACACCAGCUGGGCCACUACCUGCGCAACACGUACCUGAAUCCCGAGUCGUCCUCCCAUGUCAAGGGAGUCAAUUCCAACCUUGUCGACUUGCAGCAGGUACAUGUACGCGUAAAAGUUGGCGGCGAGGGCUCUUCGGUGUUCGACUCCGCCACCGCAUUGCUCCAGGGGUUGUUCCCGCCCAACCCGAACAAUCGCAUCACGCUUGCGAACGGGACCACCGUGGUUGCUCCUCUGAAUGGGUACCAGUACAUUCCUGUUGAGACAGUUGAACCCAGUAAUGAUCGCUCCCUAGAGUCUUGGACAGACUGCCCAGCCUUCCAGAAGCACGUUGAGAAGGUUCUGGCUUCUUCCGAGUUCAGAGAAGUUGCCCACGGCGCGCAAGCUUUCUUCACCGAUGUCAGGGACUUCGUGUUUGGCAGGCCCACGACUAUGGAAAACUGGUACAACGUCUGGGACUACAUGAACACUGAGCUGGUCCACAACAGGACUUACGCCCACAGGCUUCUGCCCACUUUCAUCGAGCACGCACGUGGUCUUGCCAACUUCCGAGAGAAUGCCAUCUUCUCCGAUCCGAGCAUGGGUGGUAUUGGAAACAUCGCUAGUCGCACUGCGCUCAGCUCGAUCAUUGAGUCCCUCCAGCGCAUCGCGUACAAUGGCGAUCCCCUCCAGUUCAUGCUCAUUGAGACUACUUACCAGCCCUUCAUCUCGUUGUUCCAUCAGACCGAGAUCGUGAAGUCCCACCCCGAGCUCGCGGCCAUACCCGACUAUGGCUCCGCUCUGGCUAUCGAGCUGCGUCGGUCCCGUUCUCCCGACACCCGCGACUUCUUGAGGUUCAAGUUCAAGAACGGCACGAAUGACGAUGAGUUGAGGACCGUGCAUGUCUUUGGGCACCCCGAGGAUAUCCCCCUCACCGAAUUCAUCUACCGUCUGGAGAACUCGGUCAUCAACAGCAAUGCUGAUUGGGCCAGGGCCUGCCACACCGGUUCGGCUUGGCCCGAGCUUCCUCAGUAUGCCUCGACCAGCGCCACCACCGUGAAUGUGCUCUGUGGCGUAGCCGCGGCGUUCAUUCUGAUGCUCGGGUUCUGGCUCGCUUCGAAGUCCGUCCGCCGCUUUAAGCACCGCAACUAUGUUCGUCUUCAGGAGGAAGAGGAGUCCCGGGUACAGCCUUCUCACUUCUCUUACAAUGCGACUGGCGAGAAAGCAAGGAUGAUCAACAGAGCUUGA